GCCACCGUAAGUGUAAUUGAUGCGUGUAUACGGAAGUCCAACGUGACGCUGUCUUGUUAUCACGUUUGAAACGAUUAUACACCUAUUUUGUUCGGUUUUGUUGUGUCACUUCUUCAAGAAACCUCUUGACAUUAGGCUACGGUCUCACUUGCCAGUCAUACUAGAGUGAAGUAGCGGCUUAUAGCUAGAAAAGGAUAACCACCGAUUCACCGAAUUCUGUAACUUCUACGAUAGCUGCGCUGUGCUGUCACCCCAGCAAAAAACGAUUUGUGAAGACGAAGUGAUGGCAUGUGGCGUAAACUCUGAAAAACGCGUCCGAUUUGUGGUUGUUGGUGGUGGAAUUGCCGGAGUUACUUGCGCGGAACAGCUUGCGUCACAGUUUACGUCGGACAGUGUGGUACUUCUGACAGCUGCGCCAUUGGUCAAGACGGUGACGAAUUUCAAACAGGUGUCUAAGAUCUUGGAGGAUUUUGAUGUUGAAGAACAGCCAUCCACCGUGCUAGAGGAGAAGUAUCCUAAUCUGAAGGUCAUUCAGUCUGCAGUGAAAUCCUUACAAGCCAAAGAACAUACACUACACACGGAAGAUGGUUGCAUCCUCCACUACCAGAAGCUGUGUGUGUGCAGUGGAGCUAAACCCAAACUCCUCACCCAGAAUAACCCUCACGUGCUGGGCAUACGAGACACGGACAGCGCCCAGGAGUUCCAGAAACGCUUGUCAACAGCGAGACGGAUUGUGGUGGUGGGAAACGGAGGCAUAGCUCUCGAGCUGGUCUAUGAGGUGGAGGGCUGCGAGGUGAUCUGGGCGGUGAAGGACAAGGCCAUUGGGAACACCUUUUUUGACGCAGGGGCCGCCCAGUUUCUCAUCCCAGCACUGGCCCAAGAUAAACCAGAGCGGUCCACUCCCUGCAAGAGAGCGCGGUACACUACUGAAGCAGCGACAGGUGGGGCAUCAGCUGGCGUGAGUGGGGCGUCUGGAGAGACGGGCAGCGCUCUGGGGCCAGACUGGCACGAGGGCAUCAGCCUCAGAGGAGCACAGAAGGGGUCCCAUAAUGUGACUAUGGAGUACCAGUGUGAGAUCAGGAGGAUCUGCACCCAGCAGGAGAUUCUGCAGUCACCUCCUGAUGGCCCCCAGAGCUCUGAUGCAGCCCCCUGGCCUGAUGUGGGAAAAUGGCCUGUGUACGUGCAGCUCACCAAUGGCCAAACCUACGGCUGUGACUUCAUCGUCAGCGCGACAGGAGUUGUUCCCAACACGGAACCCUUUCUCCAUGGAAACAGUUUCAAGGUGGGGGCUGAUGGAGGUCUGCUGGUGGAUGAUCACAUGCGCACCUCUGAGGCGGACGUGUUUGCUGCGGGUGACGUGUGCAGUGCAGGAUGGGAGCCCAGCCAUCUAUGGCAACAGAUGCGUCUGUGGACCCAGGCUCGGCAGAUGGGCUGGUAUGUGGGCCGGUGCAUAGCUGCGGAGGUUCUGGACGAGCCCAUCGAGCUGGACUUCUGCUUCGAACUCUUCUCCCACAUCACCAAGUUCUUCAACUACAAGGUGGUUCUGCUGGGUAAGUUCAACGCUCAGGGCUUGGGUCAGAACCACGAGCUGCUGCUGCGCUGCACUAAAGGACACGAGUACAUCAAGGUGGUGCUUAGCAACGGCAGGAUGAUGGGCGCUGUGCUCAUCGGGGAGACGAACCUGGAGGAGACCUUCGAGAACCUCAUCCUGAACCAGAUGGACCUGUCCGCCUACGGAGAAGAUCUGCUUGACCCAAACAUAGAUAUCGAGGACUACUUUGAUUGAAAGCAGUGUGUUUGGGGUCCAUAGAGUUGCAGUUUUGAAAACCCUUGCUCAAGACAUAUGUACAGUAAAUAUUUAAAUGCAAAAAUAAAUGUAUUUAUGUA